UGUAAGUUGGCAUAGGUAUAGAUCAUUAGAAAGACAAAGCCAUGCAGUGUUAUUGGUAGGAGUUGCAAGGGGACAAAUAACGAGGGUACUGACUAAACUGGUACCAUAAGAAUUUUUCUUAUCAGUCUUCUCUUUGAAUGUCCUGAUUUAGACCUAUGCUCAGUACAGAUCAGGGGAAAAGUGUAAAGGGGAUAUGCCAUUUAAAGAGAUAUUCUUGCUUCAUUAUGAUUCAUCAAGCAACGAUUUAUCCAGGAACGGAUGGCACCCGACCAUCCUUCCUCAACUGGCCAAGCAACAUCAACGAGACCGUCCCCUUCGGUAGCAGCCCAACUACCCUCAGCUGGACCGAGCCCAUUGGUGUAGCCAGCGUUGCGGCCUCACAGAGCUCUGGAUCUUUCUUUGUCGUGGGAUACACUAACGUGGCCUCCACCGCCACAGACGCAAGCAGCAACUUCGAAAGCUGCUCUUUCUCUGUCACCGUCACAGCAACGAUUUAUCCAGGAACGGAUGGCACCCGACCAUCCUUCCUCAACUGGCCAAGCAACAUCAACGAGACCGUCCCCUUCGGUAGCAGCCCAACUACCCUCAGCUGGACCGAGCCCAUUGGUGUAGCCAGCGUUGCGGCCUCACAGAGCUCUGGAUCUUUCUUUGUCGUGGGAUACACUAACGUGGCCUCCACCGCCACAGACGCAAGCAGCAAUUUCGAAAGCUGCUCUUUAUCUGUCACCGUCACAGCAACAAUUUAUCCAGGAACGGAUGGCACCCGACCAUCCUUCCUCAACUGGCCAAGCAACAUCAACGAGACCGUCCCCUUCGGUAGCAGCCCAACUACCCUCAGCUGGACCGAGCCCAUUGGUGUAGCCAGCGUUGCGGCCUCACAGAGCUCUGGAUCUUUCUUUGUCGUGGGAUACACUAACGUGGCCUCCACUUCCACAGACGCAAGCAGCAACUUCGAAAGCUGCUCUUUCUCUGUCACCGUCACAGCAAUGAUUCAUCCAGGAACGGAUGGCACCCGACCAUCCUUCCUCAACUGGCCAAGCAACAUCGACGUGACCGUCCCCUUCGGUAGCAGCCCAACUACCGUCAACUGGACCGAGCCCAUUGGUGUAGCCAGCGUUGCGGCCUCACAGAGCUCUGGAUCUUUCUUUGUCGUGGGAUACACUAACGUGGCGUACAACGCCACAGACCCAAGCAGCAACUCCAGACCUGCUUUUUUUCUGUCACUGUCACAGAUGCCAACAGCAUCGAUGUCAAAUUCGCUCCACCCACUGCGACGGACAACUCUGGAUCCGUCACAUCAACCUCCAACGAACCAGGAGAUCAGUUUGCUAUCAGAGUGCACACUGCACCUUCACCUUCAGCGAUGCUCAAGGACUUACAGCAAGCUGUAGCUUCUCUUUUGAAGUCCAAGUUGGUGCCAACCCUUGUUCCAGCAACCCAUGCGCUCCCAGUGAACAGUGCUUCUACAUCCCAGCCCAAUACCUGUGUAUCAACAACGGCAGGAGGAGGAGAGAAGCUGAGAUGCUCGACCUUAGCGACAUCUGCCCUUGCCAGAAUGGCGCUAUGUGUCUCCUAGACGACGCCACAUCCUCAGCCAUCUGUUAAUGCCCCGUUGGAUACGCUGGUGUGCUCUGUGAGAUGGAUAUAAUGCCUGCUGCAUGGCGAUUAUGCUCGUCGUCAUCAUCUCUCUAUCUGGGUUGCUUUUGUUACAUCAUACUGCGCCUCGGCAUGGUUCGUUGACAUCGAAGCAAGAUUGAUGAAAUUCCAAUCCUUCAAUAAACACAACACUGCUCACAAGCUCAUUUAAAUCUAAUCUAAGCUUAUUGCAUUCAUGCCUUUGCUAGAAAAAUCCAUUGUGUAAUCCUAAUGGUAAGUUAUGAAAAUUGAAAUAUUGAGAUGUACAUGCAAGGAAAAUAUAUAUAUAUAUAUAUCUAUGCAAAACAUGAAUUCAAAUGGCUGGUAAUUAGAUUUCUCAAAAGGGAAAAAUCUUGUGGCCAUUAGGCAAUGUUUGUUGAAGAAAGUCUUCUAACCAUUAUGUAUUAAUUGUGUUACAAAUUUCUGUAAAUACUGUGUAUGCUUAACGGUAGAUUCUUAGUUGCAUAAUUUCAUAUUGAUGUAAGACAUAGUCAAAGGCCGAAACAUGGAGGAGGUGUUGUUUCCAAUGUGCUGCUUGGGUGUCGAUGCAAUUUUUUUUUACCUCUCGUGAAACUAUUUGUUAAUAUGUUAUGUUACUUCUCUGGGAUUACCCUAAGAAUAUUCUCUCCCUGUGAACACUUACUAGCCUUUCUCUCUGAAAUUCAUCUAGAAAUGCUGUGUUUGUAAUGUUUUUGUCACGACAGAACUGAUCAUUUGACGAUUUUUUUUUCUUCAAACUAAUUGUUGACGGCUCAGACUUUAAUGCCAACUGAAAAAUAUGGCUAUGUUUAGGUUGUUUUGUUGGUAGGGAGUAAUGUUUGGAAGUAUUUUUUACUUUAUUUCGCUUCAGGUAUGCUUAUAAGCGGUGUUGUGGGGUUUAAAUCCUGACUAUCAUAUAUCGAACCAACUUUAUUUCACCCUCUAAGUAAUUCAAACACCAAAGCAUUUCAGAAAUGCCAAAUAUAUCAUGUUUUAUAUUGCAUUAUAUAUUGCAGAAUUUUUAUAUUGAAUUACAUCAAUUUUGGUUUUUUUAUUUUCAAUUUUAUCUUCGUCAUAAAGUUGUGGCUAUCUAGAAUAUGAAUUCAUUUAGUGAAUUGUCUUUGUGUUUAGAUAGAUACAGGCCUGAUUAAAAGCCGAUUUAAAUCAGUUUCCCGAUUUUUAUUUUUUUUCCCCGAUU